AUGGAUGGCCACACCCGCGCGGCCGGGCUGGCGGCGGGUAACGGAGAUGAUAUGGUCUGGAACUUGCAGCGGAAGCAGCUUGUUAACCGGCAAACUGCAAAAGGCAUGACAACCGGCGAGGCCUUUGGCGACGGCUCCGAGCUUGGAAAUACGCCCUUACUGCGGCACCAAAUGUCGGAUGUGCGGUACGAGCUGCUUGUGUCCCCAGAAUUCGGUAACGUUUCUGGUACUCGAACGCGCACGCAGUGGUUCACUCCGAGGUUUUGUCAGCAGGAUGUCAAUAAGCUAGGUGCAAUAAGUAAUGGAACCAUCCCCGAGGGCGACGUCCAAAAUGUCUUGGCGGUGUUCGAGCAGGGGAGUAUCAGCAUGCUUUUUCAACAUCUCGAGACGAACAAGCGGAGAGAGAGACGCGCCAACUCCGGGACAAGACAACCUGAUGAUGGAAGACCGAUGACGACUGAUGCGGUUUGA